AUGCUUAUACUCCUGUGGCUUCCGUUCCUUUGUAUCGCUGCGGCUUCUGCACUAUCGAGCAACUUCGUAUUCAAAAGUUCAAUCGCGGUUCCUCCGGGCUGGAGAUUGCUUUACGUCGCUCCCCCUGAACAUCGUUUUGAGCUGGCCUUCUCGCUGCGUCCGGGAAGGUUUGAUGAGCUUGAACGGCGGCUUUAUGAAAACAGCGAUCCAAGGAAUCCUAGGUGGACUCGCCAGGGACGCCUGUCAAAACACGAUGUGAACGUGCUAGUUUCCCCCCGUUCAGAAUCUAUUUCUGGCGUGAUGGACUACUUGAGGCGGUAUGAUGUAGAUUUGGGAUCUAUUCGAUGGGCUUCCGACGCGAAGGAUUGGUUUUCCAUCCUUGUCACCAUCUCAGAAGCCGAGCGGUUAUUGGGGACCAAAUACUUUGUAUACGAACACCAGUCAUCGGGUCGAAAAGUUAUGAGGACACCGUCUUACCAGCUUCCGGAGGAUCUUCUCCAUCAUGUCGUUUCCGUACAACCCACAAACUACUUUGGUAAUAUUAAGCCAUAUAGAAGCACUGUCCGCCCCCACUUCGGAGCGAUCCCUCCGAAAUUUCCAGUGACCAUAGCGGCGGAGCCAAUUCCUGUUACGCUGGACACCAUCAAAACUCAGUAUAAUAUUGGAGAUUACGCCCCUAAAAAUCUGUCUAAUAAUGUUAUUGGCAUUACUGGCUAUCUGGAGCAGUAUGCAAACCUCGGCGACCUUAAAUUAUUUUAUGAAACAUAUUUGCCAGCUGCUGCGAACGUUUCAACUUUGAAAGUAGAGUUGGUAAAAGGCGGGAUUAAUCCUCAAAAUGUGUCCCUUGCUGGAAGUGAAGCGAACUUGGACGUCCAGUAUGCUGGAGGCCUUUCGUUCCCAAUACGUAAUAUAUUUUACUCUACUCAUGGCCGAGGUCUGCACACCCCAGAAAACGUGUCGAAUACCAAUGAGCCGUAUGAUGUUUUCCUAAAUUAUUUAUUAUCGAAGAGUGACGGAGAGCUUCCUACCGUACUUUCAACCAGUUAUGGUGAGGAUGAACGGUUCGUUCCUGAGGAUUACGCAUACAGCGUUUGCAAUCUAUAUGCUCGACUGGCUGCCAGAGGCGUUACUAUCAUCCAUUCCUCUGGCGAUUCAGGGGUUGGGACGGGAAUAGACCCAACAGGUUCGGGACCGUGUUUCACUCCGGUCAAUGCGUUCUCUCCAACGUUUCCUGCCACUUGUCCAUAUGUGACCUCCGUGGGUGGCACCGUGGGUGAUCCUGAAACAGCGAUUUCAUUCUCCGGUGGAGGGUUCAGCAACUAUUUUCCCCGACCCUCGUAUCAAGAUGUCGCAAUACCAGGUUACAUCGCCAACUACGCCACCGAGCAGAAAGGUCUUUUUAACACAAGUGGGCGCGGAUUUCCAGAUGUUUCAGCGCUCUCUGUCUACUAUACCGUCAUUGUCGGAAGGGCUCCGGCCCAGAUCUCAGGCACCAGCGCCUCCGCACCAUCAUUCGCUGCUAUUAUUUCCUUACUGAACGACGUUCUAAUUUCUAAUGGCCGAAAGUCUCUUGGAUUUAUCAACCCGCUUCUGUACCAUCUUGGUGGCAAGGGUUUCAAUGACAUUACAGUGGGAAAUAACCUUGGGUGUGGCACUGAAGGAUUUAAUGCGACGCAAGGCUGGGACCCUGUGACCGGUUGGGGCUCUCCAGAUUUUUCCAAACUAAAAGACUUGAUUCUCUCUGAAGCAUACACGACGAGUAGUACAAGCAGUCGCAGCACACCCACUUUAUCAUCAACACGAACCGGUGGUGCCAUCACCAUUUUCCCUGGAACCUGGGGGAUUCUUUUCGUUCCGGCUGCUCAAGUUGCGUUGAUGACGCUUGGUCUGCGCUUCUAA